AAAGCUAAGCUGGAAAAGGUAUUUAUUUAGGAAUUUAAGAAGGAAUAAUACAAAAAGUAAAUUAGUUCAUAAACAUUUGUUAUUACUUUAAAGCAAAUCAACUUAUUGAAGUAAGUAGUGUAGAAUCUUCAAGAACAUGGAAUAUCUAAGCGGCGGAGGUCAAAAGAACACCGUUCGUGCUGCUUGCAAAAAGUGUGGAUACGCCGGCCAUCUAACUUAUCAGUGCCGCAAUAACCUGAAAAUCGAUGAAGCCCACCAGACGAUUGUGGCCGAAGAAAAAAGGUCCUGUAGUGAAUCGCCUGAACUAAACUAUUUGACUCCAUUACAAGAACUUCGGCGCCAAGAAGAGCUAGAAGAGACUGCUCGUGCAGAAAAACGCGCCGAGAAAGAACGCAAAAAAGCUGCUAAAAAGUUAAAGAAAAAGUUGAAACGGAAACGCUCAAGAAGUCGUUCACCAAUGUCGUCCAGUGAGGACUCGGAAAAGGAACAUCGCCGUCAAAGAAAAUCUUCCAAGAAGCACAAAAAAGAAAAGAAGAAGAAAUCAAAGAGUAGCAAGAAGAAAUCGCGCAAACCGGAUAUUAGCAGUAGUAGCGCCUGAAUACUUCUACAUUGUGUUAAUGAGUUAAUUUUAACUUUGUUUCCUGGAAGAAUUUAUUUCCAUACUGAUUUGAGAUUAGAAUGCAACUGCUUUCGUACACAAAGACUGCAAUGACCGAUUUCUAGUUACUAAAAGCUCACUCUCACGAACUAACUAUACCAACUGGUUUACCUACCUGUUUGUGUUAAUAGUUUACGUUGACGAAUGACCUAAAGUGUGUUAAAGUGACUAUAAUUUAAAAAUAUUGCGCCCUAAUUUCAAAUCAGUCCGAAUAUUUUUCAUCUACACUCAAAAAGAAAACAAACAAAAAGGUCAAUAAUAGACACUUAUUUCUAUGCAGUGAAAUUAAAACU